GGGUGAUCCACAUCUGUCCUCCUUAGUUCUCCCUUCUCUAGGGCUUUUUUCCGGCAAGUUCAAAACGAAUGAUGCAGAAUGUGACGUCUGAUCAUCAACCGUCGCCAAGGUCCGGUCAGACCGGACCAGACCGGACGCCCAAGACCCGUCGGCAUGCGUGUGAUCGGUGUCGAAGGCAAAAGCUAAGGUGCGACAUUCAAAAACCGUGCUCCCUCUGCGUUCGCUCGGGAUUCGAUUGUGUCACGACCAAUGCCCCGCUCCGUAAGUCGAAACCAUCCCGAAGGGCGGCCAGGUCAAAUCCUCGGGAACCCAAAACCCCUCGGAGGGAGAGUCCACAGGAACGCCUUCUGGAUAGGGAACCACCGGAUAGUCAUGGGCAUAACACGAUCAAUCAACGGUCAUCCUCCUUCCCAGAUCCAUACCGACAUACGCAAGUCUCUACCAUCGAAUUGACUGAUGAGCUAUUUCAAAUCCACGAUCCCGGAUCAAUUCCCACAUCCGUGGCAGCCGAUAACACGACUGCUCUGCCGGGCGCCAAUCUAAUUGCAGUACGAUGCUCAAAUCGCCAGAGACAGCAGCCGAUGAUUCCGUUCGCAACAUUGUUCCCAGGGUUAUCCCUACCACCGAAACCAUGCUGUGAUUUUCUGGUCGACGCUUAUCGAACCUCGGUACAUUGGUUCAUCAUGCUCUUCCAUCAGCCAACCUUCGAGAAAGAGUACAUGAAAAUCAUGGACGAACAAGCAAUAGAGCCUCGGCAACUGGGAACUGCAGUUCUUAUACUAAUGGUCCUCACGAUGGGAGCCCGAUAUACGGCGGAAUGUGAUAGUCUUGAGGAGAGGGAUCGUCAUGGUGACCUUAAGGCUCUUCAGAAGGAUCUUUUAGAACACAUUCAACGCCACUUGUUUGAUGUUUUUGAUCUUGGGGGUGUGGAAUCUAUUCAGAUUUGCGUCUUGCUCAGUACUUUCUACUUGUACAACGGUAGACCCAAUUUAGCCUUUCCUAUUCUGGGUGCUGGGGUUCGCAGUGCGCAGGCACUGGGUCUUCACAACGAGUCUCUCUGGGGGGCCGCAGAUGAAAUAACGCAUGAGGUUCGCCGGCGUACCUGGUGGGCAUUGGUAGUUAUGGACAGGUUUGCAUCUAUUACAUACGGACGGCCACUUUCAAUCCUUGACUCAGACCAUAUCGUGAAUAUGCCAGGGAAUAUGGACGACUCGCUCGCCUCCCAUCCCUUGCUGAACUCUUUCGAGAGUCUUGAUGGGCAGGUGCCGACCAAGGUGACCUUAAUGACCUACCACAGGCACAAGUUUCAGCUGUACUCUAUUGCAUCCCCAAUCAUUGGCCAUAUAUAUCGCCUGAGAAGCUGCAACCCGCAGGCAGUGACCCAUGAAGCAGCGGAAAUCAACACCCGACUGGCAAAAUGGUUCGAUAAGCUCCCCCAAGAGCUGCGGCUGGAGCAUAUGGCGGACUUGGACACCUCCCAUCUUAACAAGAACGACGUUGAGACAUGCAAGCUGUUCCAAUUACAGGCACUCGCCUUGCAGCUGGCGUAUGAUAAUAUCCAAAUCAUACUGCACCGUCCAUUCUUGCGGUAUAACCAUUGCUUGAUUGGGUCGUCAGAUCCUCUUCCGCCGGAUCUGCGCCCUACCAGUUUUGAGCAAUGCCGUCACUGUGCGCGUCGAACCUGUAACAUUCUGCCACGAUACGAGAGCGUUCUGCGUGCUGCCCGAACAACACAUGCGGUAUCUUAUAUCGCGAUUCAAAAUUUCACGGCCGGGGUGACACUGGGGAUGGUCGCUCUGGCCAAUCCCGGUUCUGAACAAUCGCAGGAUGCCAAGAGGGGCGUCGCUAACUCCAUCGCCUUGCAGAAGAUGCUGGCUGGCUCGUCAAUCGUUCCGCUGCAGACAGUCAAGGUUCUGGAGCACCUUUUCAGGCUCAUCUUUACGAGAGAGAUGCACUCAAUGCUAAGAAACCCUCCGAAGGAUAUGGAGGCAGUUAGAACCGGUACCCAUCACCAAACAUCUGACCAAGAAGUGCCCGGACUUCCCACACCGUUUGGAGAUAGUAACUCGAGGCACCUCCACCCAUCUCAAGCAGCAGGAGAGUUCGGUGCUACACAAAGUGAGCCGACAAGAACAUAUGUCAACCCCGAAGGGGCGAGCAUUCCCGACAUCGAUUUUGGCAUUGACUGGGAGGGGUUAUCCUACAAUACCGGGAUCGAUAGUGCCUUAGAGUCCGUACAACAAGUGCUGUGGAAGAGUUCACAUCUCACGACAGACACGAGUUCACAUUCUGCUUCAGCAGGCCUCCAGACAUCACUCGACGUAGUUGAGGAUCCUUCGGGCCUACAAAAUGAUGUGGUCAGUCAAGGUACCAAUUCUCUCGGUGAUCCUCUGUGCGGCCAGGGCUGGGUCUGGAACUGGGGUAUUCCUCAUUAAAACAGAUACCGUGCGUCCCCAUUGUGCGUGAUCGAGUGAGCAGUAACUGGUAUUUUGGAAGCGGAGACUCAU